CAGCAUCGGCACAUCAAUUCGUUGUUCGUGAAAAGUGUCGUGUUGUUCGUGAUUCUGGCGCGGCGCAGUGUUUUGGUUUCAUUUUCACCUUGGCUUGGAAUUUUCCCAAAUCCAACAGGAUGCAUAUAUUGCACAGCUCUCAGGACUACGCACACGUAGCAAAAACUGCAUAGAUGGAUGGUUGGAAAACAAAGCGAUAAAGGCACACAUAAAUGUACAUAUAUAAACCGCGGCCCCUCACAAUUGAUUUGCAUGAAGAUAUGGUGCUGGCAAGACGCACUUCAAAAGUAGACUCAAAAUCCAUAAACGAGGACCAGGGACCGCGAUAAGGGGCAUCGAAUACAACUAAGAUUCAGUUGUCCGAGGCCCACGGUUCCUGAUGGUUCCUGUGGAAGCAGAUGGUUAGGUCAUUACGUGUUCCUUCCAUUUGUAGAGGGUCACGGCAUAAGUGGGCAUCAACGCCAGAGGCAGAGCAUGAGCUAGAAUGUGACACAGGCAGCAGGCGGCAGCUGCCGGUGAUAGGAAUGCUCAUCACAAUGGUAAUCUCAAGCUCAAGCCUAACUAGCCUUCGUCUUCGUCUUCCGAUACUCCUACUGCUCUUCAAAUGGGUUUGUCUGGUAUCUCUACUGCGGCUCGUGCCGGGGCCGAGACCCGCGCGCGGUGACUGGCUAAUGGACUGUGGAAACUGUCACUGCAAGUGGAACUCGGGCAAGAAGACGGCCGAUUGCCGCAAUUUGAGUCUCAGCGGAGUACCGGAGUAUCUCAGCUCGGAGGUCCAAGUGCUGGAUCUGUCCCAGAACCAGAUACUCACCCUCGAGGAGAACGCCUUUCUGGCCACGCAGCUGCAGAAUCUCCACAAGCUGUUCAUACGCAACAGUACGCUGCAAAAGAUCAUACCGCAAAGCUUCACGCAGCUGGAGAUACUCAUCGAGCUGGAUCUGUCCAACAAUCUGCUGCGAGAACUGCUGCCCAAUGUCUUCGAUUGCCUGACCAAGGUGCGGGCCCUGGUGCUGAACGGUAACCUGUUGCAGACCCUGCGCGGCGGUGUCUUCCAUCAUCUGAAGUACCUGCACAAGAUCGAGCUGAAACACAAUCGCCUGGUGAGUAUCGAUCCGCAGGCGUUUCUGGACGUGCCGCUCCUCUCACAGAUCUAUCUGGACGGCAACCAGUUUCGGGUGCUGCACAGGGAGACUUUUCAGAGUCUGAGCCGACUGACGGCCCUGUCGCUCGACCAGAAUCCAUGGAAUUGCACCUGCGAUCUUCAGGAGUUUCGUGACUUCGUACUCAAGAUGAACCUGUACACACCGCCGACGGCCUGCCACUAUCCGCUGCAGCUGCGCAGUAUGCUCUGGAUCGAGGAUCAGCCGGAGGCGUUUGCCUGCAAGCCAAAGAUUGUCUAUCCGGCACGCGGUGCCUCCAUUAACACUUCGAAGGAGAAUGUAACCCUCGUGUGUCGAGUGCACGGCUCACCGAAUACGGUCGUGGCCUGGGACUACAAUAAGCAACUGUACAAAUCGGGUUCCACCACGGGGUCCAUGGGUUCCACGGGUUCCAUGGGUCCACGCCAUCCGCGUGUUCACAUCGAGAUGCUCCGGGAAGAGAAAAGAUCGACAAGAGAUCCACAGUUCGGUCGCGAUGUUUUCACCUCGCGGCUCACCAUAGUCGGUGCCGAGAAGAGCGAUGAGGGCGUCUACACCUGCCUGGCGGAGAACGCUGGCGGCAAGGAUGCCGUCCAGAUGAGCCUCGUGGUGCAAAAGUCCAGCGUGCAGCGGGACCUGCUCCUAAACAGCAAUCUCUUUGUCAUCAUCUGUCUGAUGGUCCUGGGCCUAAUCAGCGUCUCGGUCCUGCUGUCGAUGGUAACCUACUGCAUCUACAGGCGGUUCAAGCAUCUCCAUCUGCAUCCCCGGCAGCACACCCACCUGCGAUCGAUUAACUUUUCCGCUCAACAAUUCUCCAGCGAUGCUGGAGCGGUGGUCCUCCAUGGGCAUGGCGUAAGCAACAGCGUAGUCGUUGCCGGGGGUACGGAGGUCCUGCUCGACACGUUCCAAAAUCAAGCGACAGAUCGACACAGAUCGGUCGAGCCCAUAGCCGAGAACAGAAAAUUUUCUAACUUGAUAACGAGUAUAGACAGAAACAGAAGUCCACAUGCAAUAAUGGGAUACCUUUGCAAUCGGCCCUCGGCCAUUGGCGGCAAUAAUAUGGCAUCCCGGAAUUCGAACUCUUUGCUCAGUAGAGAGGAUGACUAUGGCGCACGAAAACACCGCGACGAAACACUUACCUUAGAGCGCAAGUUCAAAGAUAAGCUCAGUGUAACGUCCAAAGGGUACGAUUUGAACCGAUCAAACGUCAUUGAGGAUCACAGGAUCAUGCAAUCUGCCUCUGCCUCUGCCACUGCCACUGCCUGUGACAUACGGGAAACUGCAAUCAUCAGGCAGAGCGAGGAAUAUCAACCGGACGUGCUACCUUCGAACAGCCCCCCUGAGGGUCCUGGCCGGCCUGGGGGGCUGACGAUGCUCGAGAACAAUGAAGAUCAGCUAAGCCAACAAUUAAUGCUAAUUGGGCUCAAUUCCAAUUGCAAUUCCAAUUCCAAUGCCCGAAGCAAGUACAACAUCAAUGUGCAAAAGUACCUGCAGGAUAAGUACGGAAGUGUGGGGACUGCUGUCAGAAAGAACAAUAACAACAUCAGCGACAGUCGUCAGGGGUCUGCAUCCGGAAGUUUUUUGCUUUACCCCCCAAAGGUGGACCAGCAACAGCUCCACCUCCAGCCACAGCUCCAGGGACUGCAAAGGCAUUGCCGGUCUCUGGCAUUGCCGAGCAGCCAACGCCAAUCCACCGAUAGCCAUUGCCGUCAGCCAUCUCCACCGCCAUACACCACCACCAGUACCACCAGCACCAUCCCAUGCACUCUGUCUCUGUCUCUGUCUGAUGCUGCAAGCAGGGGCGGUGGCGGUGGCGGUGGCGGUGGCGGUGGCGGCGGCGGCGGGGAAGGGAAUAAGCUAACCACCACCGCCGUCGCCGCAUCGACUAAUAACGGAAGCGCAUCCCGCAAGCGGAUUCUCUGA